AUGGAUUCCAAAAAGUCUAACAAGAUCACAGAUAUCGUUAGGCUUCAACAAAUCCUCAAGAAAUGGAAGAAGGUGGCCAAUGCUUCCAAGAACAACUCCACUUCUGUUGCUAUUUCUCCGUCUUCUUCGUCUUCUUCUUCUGCAACCAAUAACAUUAGCAGUAGUAGUAACGGUGGAAGCAAAGGCAUAAAGUUCUUGAAGAGAACUCUGUCCUUCACAGAUAUUUCUGCUUCAAAUGAAACUGUCCCAAAAGGGUUUCUUGCUGUUUCUGUGGGAAAAGAGUUCAAGAGAUUCAUCAUCCCAACAGAGUAUUUGAGACACCAAGCUUUUGAGAUGUUGCUGAGAGAGGCAGAAGAGGAGUUUGGUUUCCAACAAGAGGGAGUGCUCAAGAUUCCUUGCCAAGUAUCAACGUUUGAGAAAGUAUUGAAGGUUGUGCAAGGGAAAAAAGAAGCACUUUUGCCCCAAGAUAAGGACAAGAUGAUUCCUUGUUAUAUUUCGGAUUGUGAUGCUACCACAUCCCCUCAUCAAGCUCAAAUGUGUAGAUGA